AUGGAACUGGCGACAGGAGCCAUGGGCUCCCUACUUCUCAAGCUGGCCGAGCUGCUCAAGGAGGAGUACAAGCUGCACAAGGACCUGAGGAAGGAAGUGGAGUUUCUCUCACACGAGCUCGAGAGCUUGCACGGUGCCCUCAACAAGGUGGCGCAGGUGCCGCGCCACCAAGUCGAUGAGCAGGUCUGGAUCUGGGCCCGCGAAGUCAGGAAGGCGUCGUAUGCGAUGGAGGACAUCAUCGACACCUUCCUGGUGAGCGUGGACGGCGGCCAUGACCAUGACCAUGAAGUAGCGGCCAAGAUGAAUUGCCUCAAGUGGUUCAAGGAGAAGACAAGGAACCUCUUCAAUUUGAAGAAGCUAGCGGACCACCGUAGUAUCGCUGGAAAGAUCCAAGACAUCAAGAAGCAACUGCAGGCUGUGGCCUUGCGGCGUUCCAUGUACAAAGUCGAUGAUAUUGUGGCCAAGCCUGCUGCGACAACAUCGACCAUGGAGGAUCCUCGCCUCUUGGAUCUGUACAGAGUGACAAAGCUCUUUGGCAUUGAUGAGCCACGGGAGGAGCUCAUAAGUAUGCUGUUCGAGGGGAAGGACGGCCACGGUGUGCACCAAGAGAUGAAGAUAGUCUCCAUCGUCGGAUAUGGUGGAUUGGGCAAAACCACCAUUGCCAAAGCUGUUUAUGACAAGCUUAAGGUGAAAUUCCAGUGUGGGGCUUUUGUUCCGGUCGGUCAGUAUCCAGACAUGAAGAAAGUUUUCAUGGACAUUCUAAUUGGCCUUGACAAGGAAAAGUAUAUGAAUUCCAAUAUGAUGAUAUUGGAUCAGUAUCAGCUCAUCAGUGAAAUAAAAGAAUUUCUCCAGGAUAAGAGGCACUUCAUUGUUAUUGAUGAUAUAUGGGAUACACCAACAUGGGAAUUGAUAAAAUGCGCUUUGGUGGAUAAUGAUCUUGGAAAUGUGGUAAUCACAACUACUCGCAAAUCACAAGUUGAUAUGGGUGCUCUUGUUUAUACGCCAAAAGAGAUUUCGUAUAGGGACUCCCAAAAGUUGUUCUAUACAAAUAUAUUUGGUACAGAGGAAUGCCCUGAGAAAUACAAAUCAGCUGGCGUGUAUGAUAAAAUUACUGAGGUGUCUGAAAAAAUUCUGAAGAAAUGCAAUGGUUCUCCAUUAGCCAUCGCUACAAUAGCUAGUGUGCUAGCUAAGAAACCAAUCUUGAAAUGGUCACAUGCCUACAAAAAUAUAGGUUUUGGGCAUGAUGAAGAUGACUCACAAGUUAAGAGAACAAUGAAGAUAUUGUCUUUUAGCUAUUAUGAUAUGCCAUUGCAUCUACGGGCUUGCUUAUUAUAUUUAAGCAUAUUUCCGGAGGAUGAUUGUAUUCCCAAAACAAUGGUGAUAUGGAUGUGGAUAGCUGAAGGCUUUAUUCAUGAUAAAGAAGGGGUAGGUCAGUUUGAGCUUGGAGAAAGAUAUUUUAAUGAGCUUGUUAGUAGAAACAUGAUCAUACCUGUGGAGUUCACAAGAUCAGGCUUCCUUAAUGGUUGUCGUCUCCAUGACAUGAUACUUCAUGUCCUUCGUUCCUUGUCAAAAGAAGAAAACUUUAUCAGUAUAUUAGAUAAUGAGCAGCACACGUCCGUGGGCAGCCGGCGAGUUUCCAUCCAAAAGCUCGGCUUAGACAACAUCAGUACUCAGGUUGUUAUGGACAAGUCACAAGUGAGGUCAGUUGCUGCCUUUGGAGGUCUUAUGGACGCCUUGCCCCCGCUAUCUAGUUUCCCCGUGUUGCGUGUACUGGCAGUGGUGCUAAACUCUGUUUUGAAAGAAAGCCAUUAUCUGGAGGGACUUGGGAGCUCACUUCACCUUCGGUACAUGAGUCUAUUGCUUACACGUACACGUCAACUCCCAAAAGAUAUUGGUCAUCUAAAGUUGCUGCAGGUACUGGACAUCGGGUGCAGUGGCAUAGAAGAACUGCCGGACAGUAUGGCCCUGCUACAGGGAUUGAUGUGCCUACAUGCUGACAGGAAGACAAGGAUGCCCGAUUGGCUUGGGAAGCUGACUUCCCUGCAGGAGCUGUGGAUUUGGCCUGCUGCCGACAAGUAUGCACGCUUUGUGGAAGAGUUGCGCAAGCUGAGGGAGUUGAGGGUGCUGUUAACAUGCAAUGAUGCGCCUGAUGAGAGCGUGGAGAAAUAA